CAUGUCCCUAAAAUGGAAUGGGAAGAAGAGGGCACUAGAUGGGUAAGCAAACAUGCAUAAGUGUGAAUGCUAUCCUAUUGUUCCACUAAAAUGUCGUCGCUAGCAGUAGCGUGGAUGGGCACCAUCAUUACCUAGAGAUACAACCGCUAGCCAAGGGAAAACUACAAUGGCGAGCGGUGCGGCAGACGAUAGCAAGGUGCCAUUCGUUAAAGGGGUCAAUAUCUCCCUGGCAAUCGUGACUACCAUGGCAGUGGCCGGUCGGGUUUGGACGAAUCUGGUCACCUUGAGAACGUUUAGGCUGGAUGAUGCCUACAAGGGGUUGAAUAUUGGAAUACUGGUGUUCCUCCUCGUCCAAGGAAUCGUCGAAACUGUCGUGGCCCAGUUGAUGUGUAUUCCAAGGGCCAAGAUAUUCCUACCUGAAUCGCCUGGCCAAUGCCUGGAUACCACGAGACACGAGCACGAGCUCAUGCUUCCCACAGAUGACCUCGUGGGUGCAAUGCUUUGGUCCGAAGUCGAAGUUUCCGCCCUGAUCAUUUGCGUCUGCGUCCCGGAAAUUCACCUUCUCGUGCAGAGAAACUGGCCGUUGAAACUCCUGCGAAUUACACCGCCGAGGUCCCUAAGAGGCUGUGAUGUUGGUGAGGAUGAGGUGUGCAGUGGAAACCUAGGCGGUCAGCUGCGCGGAAUCCUUGGACGAGUCAAUAUCAAGGGUCUUCGUGGGUCUUCGUAUGAGUCUCGGUCAGGUGCAUCCUCGGGGGUUUCAAGGAGGGCUAAAUAUGGAGUGGUUAGUUUCGUGUCCGCCGGUCGGCGGUCAAAGCAUCAAAGAAACAUGAACGAUAUGACACGGAGGAGCGGACAGUCGCUAGUAGAUGACGACCAAGAGCCGGAACCAGCCAGCCCCGAACAUGGCGGUGUCCUUGUUACACACGAUAUUGAAAUCAGCAUCGAGACAGACGACGAUCCUAUGUCAGAAAUGGAUCUUGCUGAAGCAGAGAGGGCUCUACGUGAGGACCAAAGCGAAACUGUUGAUAGCAGCGAUCUUCACCGAGAUAGCGUGUGUGCGGAAAAGGCCGAUAUUCAUUUUGCGCAGUGA